CCUCUUGCCCUUGCACAGAUGAAUGUUUGAAAGUGGCCUCGUCUAACACCUGCAAACAUGGAGACCUCCUCGAUGCUUUCCUCCCUAAAUGAUGAGUGCAGGUCUGACAACUACAUCGAGCCGCACUACAAGGAGUGGUACCGCGUGGCGGUUGACGCUCUCAUCGAGCACGGCUUGGAAGCCUAUCAAGAGUUCCUCGCCAAGGAGCGAGUGUCAGACUUUCUGGCUGAGGAAGAAAUUAAUUAUAUUCUGAAAAAUGUCCAGAAGUUUGCCCAAAAUACAGAGCGUGGUUCCGAUAAUUCUUGUGAUGACGGCUCAUCGUCAGGAACUUACUGGCCCAUGCAGUCUGAUGUGGAGGCUCCAAAUCUUGAUUUGGGAUGGCCGUACGUGAUGCCUGGCCUCUUAGGCAGUACCCAUAUAGACCUCCUUUUUCAUCCACCGAGAGCACAGCUACUUACAAUAAAGGAAACUAUUCGGAAGAUGAUAAAAGAAGCAAGAAAGGUGGUUGCUAUAGUGAUGGACAUAUUUACUGAUGUGGAUAUAUUUAAAGAAAUAGUAGAGGCAUCAACGAGAGGGAUAUCUGUAUACAUUUUACUUGAUGAGUCCAAUUUUAAUCAUUUUCUGACUAUGACUGAAAAACAAGGCUGUCAAAUUCAACGUCUCAGGAACAUUCGAGUACGGACAGUAAAAGGCCAAGAUUAUCUUUCAAAAACAGGAGCAAAAUUCCAUGGGAAAAUGGAACAGAAAUUUUUGUUAGUUGACUGCCAGAAGGUGAUGUACGGUUCUUACAGCUAUAUGUGGUCAUUUGAAAAAGCUCAUCUCAGCAUGGUUCAGAUAAUAACAGGACACCUUGUGGAGUUAUUUGAUGAAGAAUUUCGAACACUCUAUGCCAGGUCCUGUGUCCCAAGCUGCUUUGCUCAGGAAGAAUCUGUCCGGGUGACGCCAGGCAAAGCCCUCUGGGAGAACGGCUUUUACCAGCGAUCCGUUUCUUCGUUAGCCUCCGUUUCCAGCCAGAGAAACCUUUUUGGUAGACAAGACCAAAUCCAUAAACUAGAUCCUGGUUUCUUCAAAGGCAGAGGAAUAUAUGCCGUGAAGGAACAUGACAAACAGAGCCUAAGAAAUCAUGGAUACAAGCCUCUUUUUGUCCCCAACUUCAAUGGUCCAAACUCAAUACGUCAUUUUCAACCCAGUCACAUCAAUGAAAACUGGAAAAGACAUAGUUAUGCUGGGGAACAGCCAGAAAGCACACCAUACCUGCUGCUCAGCAGAGCCCUGAAUCGACCCAAUAACGCUCCCGGGCACUGGAGAAGGCCUUCAGACAGUCUCAGUGUGGCGUCCUCAUUACGGGGAGGCCAGGCAAGCCAGCAAAACAUGCCUGCGCAGAGUUUCGCUGAUCGGCUUGCACAGAGAAAAACGACACAUCUUGCGGAAAGGAAUUCCAAUGUGCGCAGGUCAUUUAAUGGGACAGAUAAUCACAUCCGCUUUUUACAGCAACGGAUGCCAACUCUGGAGAACACCACGAAGUCUUUCCUGCGGAGUUGGAGAAUUGAAUCGUACUUAAACGAUAAUUCAGAAGGCCCACCUGAUUCGAAUGGCUCCACCCUGGGUGACAGAUUCGAAGGCUAUGAUAAUCCUGAGAACGUGAAAGCCAAUGCGCUCUACACUCAUUCGAGGUUUCGGUCCUCUUUCGUGUUUAAACCGACUUUGCCUGAACAAAAAGAAGUCAACAGCUGUACAACUGGCUCCUCAAAUUCCACCAUCAUCGGUUCCCAGGGAAGUGAUACACCCAAGGGAGCCCCAGAUAGCUCCACAAAGGCGCUGUCCUUGGCAGAAAAAAAUGAGCCUGAAUCGAUGCCCAAGCUCCCAACACAGUCAGAGGCACCAAAAACGCACAGCUUGCAGAUUCCUGAAAAGCAACCAGCAAUCUUAAACCAAACAACAAAUGGCCGAACAGAAUUAAACAAUUGUAUAUAUACAAACCUGUGUGGAAAGAAGGAGAUGAACAUAAAAAACCAGCAAAGCGAGAAUAUGCUCAAAAGGCGAAGUUUCCCGUCCUUUGACCACUCAAAGGUCAAUUUAGACCACGGAAAUGCCAAGAAUUAUGUAUAUAGUACCCUGACCAGAAAUCGAAUUCGGCAACCAGAGAAACCCAAGGAAGACGUGCUGAAGAGUUCUAAAAGCAUGCACAAUGUGACCCACAGCACAGACGAAGACGAAGGCGAGGUGGUCAAGAGAGACCUUCCCAGUGGCUCGGCCACCAAAUCUAUGUCCAUCGCUGCUUUGUUGGAUGUGAACAAAGAGGAGCCCAACAAAGAAGUUACUUCCAAGAAGGAAGCCAAAGGCUCCCCAAGUUUUUUGAAAAAGGGGUCUCAGAAAUUAAGGUCCUUGCUUAGUCUCACCCCAGAGAAGAGAGACAACCUAUCAAAAAACAAGGGGUCCGCAUUUUACCGAAUGUGUAGCAGCUCAGACACUUUGGUUUCUGAGGGUGAAGAGAAUCAAAAGCCGAAAAAAUCCGAACCCAGAGUUGACUCAUCACCCAGAGGAAAGCGUUCCUCCUCCUCAAAUUCUCAAGGCAGCAUCCACAAGAGCAAGGAAUCCUUAGCAGUUAGCACAUGUCCCGGGAUAAAUUCCCAAGCAGAGGAAAGCAGGAGAACAGCGCCUUCUCCGAGUCCUGUCGAGAGGAGGCUUUCAGAGAGAGCCGGAAACGCCUCUGCCCCAAGAUUUAACACGGAGCAGAUCCAGUACCGGGAUUCAAAGGAGAUGGGCGCAGCCAUGGCCCCUGAAAGGCGGCCAACCUCUUCUCCGGUGCUAAAGCCCAGUGAGCUUCUGCGAUCUCAUUCAACCAAUCAGCGUGUUUACAGUCGAUUCGAGCCCUUUUGUAAGAUCGAGAGCUCUAUCCAGCCAGCAAGCAGCAUUACAAACACACGCGUCAACCGCCCGGAAGUCAAAUCCACAGCUGUGGGCGGCGGCGGCUAUGGCAGGUCCAGCCCCAGCCCGAUGCUGAAUUACAAGGGUGCAGCUUAUCACUCGUACAACCCCAAUGAAAACAAGUUCCGAGGAUUUAUGCAAAAGUUUGGAAACUUCAUACACAAAAACAAGUGAAAUGUUUUCAUUUCCAGUUGCAAUUGAAAUAUUAAGUGGAUGUGGCUGUAAAUGUUUGCCCAACGAACACUCUGUAUAAUUUUUUGUACCGUGCCAAGAGUGUUUUAUAUUAGAACUGGAGGAAUGUAUAGCAAUAUACAGAAAAGCUAUUAUUUUGUGGUAAAAUGAGUUGUACUUGGUUACCCU